AUGACAAGCACUUCGUAUUCGCAAAUUGUAAAACAGACCUAUGGUACAAAAAGCAAGGAAAUCCCAUUGAAAAGCAUAGUGAUUAUACCAAGCCAGCAACAAACAAGCCUCAAGACGCGCAAAGAUCUAGACAAAAACUUAAGCUUGUCUAAACUUCAAAUCAAAAUUGACGACGUGAAGAAUUUUAGAAACGGUGGUGUGAAAAUUAAGGUUCACGAAAGUAAUCAUGCCCAUUUAAAGGAAAAAAUUCAGAAAAAAUGUCUGAACCGAAAAUGUUUAAACCUAAAUAAAAUCAAAAUCGUGGGCUACCAUACAGAUCAACGAAUUACCGAAGAAGAGGUAGUGAAGUCAUCACAAGACAGAACCGUUUCAUAG